CUGUAUACUGAAAUUCUGAGAGAGAGAGAGAUGGAAGGAGAUCGGAGGGUUGGAGUAGCCGUUGAUUUCUCGGCGUGCAGCAAGAAGGCCCUAAGAUGGGCGGUGGAGAACCUUGUGAGAGAAGGAGACAACAUCAUCCUCAUCAACGUCCAAUCCGAAGUCCAUUACGAAGAGGGCGAGAUGCAGCUUUGGGAAGCCACUGGUUCACCCUUCAUCUCUUUAAGUGACCUUGCUGAUCCUGGCAUUGCGAAGAAAUAUGGGGUGAAGCCCGAUGCCGAAACGAUGGACAUGCUUGAAUCUGUGGCCAGGCAGAAAGAGAUUGUGGUCGUGAUGAAGAUCUUCUGGGGAGAUGCCCGCGAGAAGAUAUGUGAAGCGAUCGAGAAGAUCCCACUCAGUUGCCUCGUGAUCGGAAAUAGAGGGCUGGGCAAGAUCAAAAGGGCAAUACUAGGCAGCGUUAGCAACUAUGUGGCGAACAAUGGUGCUUGUCCGGUCAUAGUUGUGAAGCAGAUCGAUCACGAAGGCUAGUCGAUUGCAGCCGUUGAACAUCCCUUGAAUAAAAUGUUUAUAAUUUCAUGUAAUAUGGAAGUGGAAUGGAUUAGGUUUUUCUUGAUAAACUCAGUUCCUAGUAA